AUGCAACAGUAUGGAAUGGAAAAUGACAAUGGAUUAGUAAAAAAAUUUCAAAUAUUCUCACUUAUUGUUACUAUUGUCUUAGGACCUUUUUCUCUGGUUUGUCAUGCAGUUUAUUACUAUUACAUCCGCCCAGAAGAUCUCUUUGCAUCGGAUCUAUUGUUAUAUCAUACCAUUGCUCAAUCACUUGCAAUGAACUUUAGUUUCGAUCUGAUUGUUUUGGUAAUCUACUGCAAAUUCAAGGCGGUGAAUAAGAGAAUUAAUCAAAUCAAUGAUCAAUAUACUGCUGCAUUGAUAGUUACAGAAAUUCGCCGAGUUCGUGAAGUUCAUCAUGAUAUUUGCGAUGUUGUGAGGUUUGUUAAUAAUAUUCAUGGAGUCCACCUACUUUUGAGUUCUUUAAAUGCAUUCACCAUGGUCGUUGCCACGCUUUUUAGAAUCUACAUGGGUGUAGUCGAAGGAAAAAAUAUGUUUAUAAUGAUAAAUAAUAUUAUAUGGCUUACUUAUACAGCUGAGCUUGCUGUAACUUGCUUUAUAAGUACUUUAGCAUGUAAAGAAUCAUUCGAAACAAUAAUAAUAAUGAGUAGAAUUGUAUCUAGACGAAUUUCAAGAUGUCCACGUUCUUAUGAUUUUUAUUCCAUUGGAAACCCACAAGCUGCUGAUGCAACUGAAAUCUCUCUAAGACGUGAAAUUUCUGAUUUUUCAUUACAACUUUAUCACUGCGAUGUCACUUUUAGUGCUUGUGAAUUUUUUGUCAUAAACAAUAAAUUAUUACGAAGCUUCAUUGGAGUUAUUACCACUUAUUUGAUAAUUCUUGUACAAUUUUAUGUACCAGAAGGAAAUAAUGAACUUAAAAUGAACACAACAACUGAAUCUUUGGAAGCUUCAAUCUUAUAAACAAUUUU